AAAUGGAUUCGAAAUGUAAUAAAAAGAAAAAAUAAAUAUUUUUAAUAUAAUUUAAUUUUCAUUUUGUAACAAAAAAAAUUAAAGAAAAAAAAAAUGAAAAUUAAUAGGAAAUUAUAUUUUUUAAAAAAAGUAAAAUAAAAUAAAUCAAAUUAUGAGACAAUAUAUAUAUAAAAUCUUUUUUUUCUUGUAAAAAAUUAAAAUAAAGGUAAAUUUUUAUAUAAAAAUAAAGUUAAAAACAAGUUCUCAUCGAAGGAAUCAAUAAAUUAUCGGGAAAACAUAAAUGUCAAUCCCAAAGAAGAAAGGGGCACCAAGCCCCGGUCCCGUUUGAAGAAGCAUCAGAAGGGCCUAUGGAAGCUGCGGCCCUCAAUACACAUAGAGAACAUUCCACCGGGGGUGGGGUGAACGCGGCUACGCCCACAUUAAAUCAGCUGUUGCAGGCUCCAACGCGCAUGCUCCACAGCACUGGGGCCCCACCUAACGGGCCUCCUCAGGAACCUAGAUUUCAUCUUAUUACUAACAGUAACGGUAGUAAUAAUAACGCCAAUCAUCAUUAUCUGCCGCCACCCAUGCAUUAUGAUGGUAAUAGUGCUGGCUAUAACUUUAUGAAUCACAAUUAUUCUGGGGCUGAAUACAUGCAACAGCGUCGUUUACCAUCGCCCUAUAAUCAGCUCAUUAACAAAGAACAUUAUAUAUCUAAUGAAUCUAAUUAUGCUGAUUAUAUGUCAAGAAAAUCUAAUCCUUACCCACAAGAAAUGGAAUCUGGACCUUAUCCUUAUUCUAGAGCUUAUAUGCAAAGCAAUAUCCAAAAUUUUGGUCAUCAAACCAUGGUAGAUAAUAAUAUCCCUGGUAACUUAUUAAAUCGCAUGCUCUUAUCCUCAAAUUACCCUGAAAAUAAAAUACAAACACAUUCAGCUACCCAUUCCCCACAUUUGCUCAAUAAUAAUUCUGAAAUGAAUCACUUAUUAAAUUCCUUAAAUAAUACAAAACCUUCUAUAGUCAAACAACCAUCAACAAAUAAAAAAGGACCCAACCAUAAAAAUUCUACCCCUAAACAACCUAAAAAACAAAAUACUGCAGAUUCUAAUAGCACUACAAAAGUUAAAAAGAAGAAGAAAAAUAAUGACCAAGAGUUUGACAAAUCAAUUAAUAUUGCUAUAACUAAAAGUAAUAAUAAAUCUUCCAAUAAGAGUUAUAACAUAGUAAAUAAUUAUGAUCCUCUUAAAGUUGUUGAUGAUAAUAGUAAUAAUAUAUCAAAUAUUAGUUUAAAUACUCCAAUGAAUUUUGAAAGUAAUACAACAGCUAAAAAUGAAACAGGUAACUCUUGCUCAUUACCAAUUUAUUCCACCAAUUCCUUAAAUCAAUCAAAAAUUCACGUCAAUCCAGAAAAUCAUUAUAAAACUGGUACUGAAAAUAGAGAAUUUAAUGGAAUGCCUCAUACCCUUUCAAAUCAAAUGUCUCAAAUAUCAAUCCCUCAUGCAGAAACAAGCAAUUCUACUAAAGUUCAAUCCUUUUCUCCCGAUCAAACCAGCAACAUAAGUUUUAAGGAAGAAAAUUCUUUAAAUUUAAAUAGUCCUGCAAGCUGGAUGACAAAACCAUCUUUGAGCCCAAAAAAUCAGUCCUCUUUAAGCCCCCUAUCCAACAAAGACGAUAAAAAUACUGUUUUGCGUGUCAAAAAAAACGAGCCCAUAACAAAAUUAUACGAGUUUGGGAACGAGCCUAACAGGAAACAAUUUUUAGAUCUUUUAUUACGUUUCAAUGAACAAAACGCUAAUCCAAUUCCUUACAUACCGACGGUGAGCAAAGCAUAUGUUGAUCUUUACAGAUUAUACCACAUGGUUAAAGAUCGUGGUGGAAUAUUGAUGGUAAAUCAGCGAAAAUUAUGGCGCGAAAUUGCUACACAAAUUUUAGACGGUCAUUCUGCUAGCGCAUCCUAUAAUCUUAGAAAACAAUACAUCAAGUGUUUACUUGAUUACGAGUGCAAAUUUGAUUUAAACGGGGCAGAUCCUCUCCCAAUUAUAUCUCAAAUCGAGUCAACAACGAAAAAGAAGAAGAAAAAGAUUGAGACUAGCCAAUCCCUUUCAGAUAUGCAAGAUUCACAAAAUGCCUCCAACAUAUCUUUAUCAGAUGUUAGACAACAAGAACAUUCUAACAUGAAUAUAUCAAACGAUUCUUUUUCAUCGAGCCAAAUUUAUCCACCAUCUAGUCUCGCGAUGAGUCAAUCUCCUUUGCAUAACAAAUAUAACGUAGAACCUUUUUAUAACAGCGUUUCAAUUCCAGCACAAGAAAGGGUAAAUAUUAGAAAUCCAUUUUCCGAUGACAUUCCUAUGCCUUCUUACAAUAAUCAGCCCAUUAACACAAACGUUAAUUUUGAGUCAUCAGAUAAAUCAUACACUAGGCACCCUAUACAACAAAAGACCCCUUUCCCAAAUUCUAACUCUAUUCGUAAUAUGCCAAUGCAUGCACCGAUGGAGCAUACCUACCCUAAUCAAAUGAAUUCAACAAUUAUGCCCGAAAGAUUUAUGUCUCCACAAAAUAUUAAAUUAGAAAUGGCUUCUAAUACCGAUUCAAAUCAUUCAUAUCCUUUAAAAGAAUCAUCGCCUAUACAUUCUAUCGAUAAUAUACGACAUCAAUACAAAAAUCAACCCUUGCCUUUAAACAAAUUUUAUUAUCAAACUCAGCCUUCUGAUAAUUCAUUUGUUGAUAAUUUUGCUCAAAAUCCAAAUAAUGUUCCCUCGUUAAAUAAAAAUCACUCGGAUGUUCCUUUUAUCAAAACUGAAUAUCAUCCUUCACCAUAUCCCCCGCCAAAAUCCAAUAUUAAUAAUGAUAUGCCCAAAGAAUCUCAGACGUGUUUACCGCCCCAUAUGGUUCACAUCAAAAAUGAGAUGCAUAACAAAGAAUUGCCCAUGCCAAUGCAUCAAAAUGACCACAUCCGCCACCAACUUCACCACCCCCCACCUAUGAACGAAAACAAAAUUCGGCCAGAGUACGGAAAUUACGAUACGCCUUAUCACAGAUCCAAAUACCCAUUCAAUUCAAACAUUUAUCAAGAUAUUCCUCCAAAUGUAACCAUCACAGAAAAUUCGAUUGAUCCUAAAUCCUUAAAAUUUUCAAAUUCUAGGAUAUCCGAAAAAUUUUAUACCUCAUCUUCAUACAUCCCGCGAGAAAUAAUUAUCCCCCCAAACACGGUUGAAGCAACUAUAGUGAAACCUCAAAAAUUCAAGAAAAUACAUUCUAAAGAUUUAGGAACCGUAGACAUAAAGAAGCUGACAAUGUCUCUCAAAUCUGGAAUAUUUCACAUCUACACCUCGGUGAUCGAUACUCUUAAUGUACUCUUAGCCGACGAAUCCAAAAAUCCCCAAUUUCUAUUGUCGCAACACCCAGACUUGCUAGACUUAUUGAUAGAAUAUUUUGAAACAUCCCUCGAAUCAGUAUUUAAUCUGAAAUUGACCGCCAAAUCCCAAGUUAAUACCGCUAAAACGCGCGAUUACGUUAAACGACCACCGAUUUUUAUACCAGAUAGAAAAGCUAAAACUAAAUAUCGUAAUGGAAAGAAUUACACCUGGAUAACCAGAAACAAAAGACGAGUGAUUGUGGACGAAAAAUCUCUGAUCACUCCUUCCCCACUUCAAACUAUUUAUAGUGAUGAAAGCUUUGAUAUAUCGUUGCUUCAGACUAAAAACAUGCAUCUCGAUCCCUUAAUUGUUCCUUUUAGAUCUGAUCUGAUCACAAAUAUUAGCUUGUUAAACAAUGAUAACGUCCCCAAACGGAAUGCAUCUGACAUAGAUGUAGAUAUUGAUAAACAUUCACAGAGUAUUGACAAUAGAAACAUACACUCCUUAGUCAAUUUUGACGACUUUGGGCAUUCACUGGCUCUACCCCAUUCCACAUCCUUUUCAUCAAUAUCCACAUCUCUAUAUUUCCCGGCCCAAGAAUACAGAUCCAAGAGCUUGAUUCAUAAAUUAUGUCUCUCACUUUCAAACAUCUUUCGCAGUCUCUCCUUCAUACCUGGUAAUGAAGGGGUUUUAUGCUCUGAUCACCGCCUCUGCUCUUUACUAGCCCGCCUCUUAUUACUUAAACACAUCCAUCCUUCGUCUCCCCUUAGUGACAAAUUUACUCUAAUCGAACGCGAUUUCUGGCUUGCCCUAUCUAAAGACGCCCUCGUGACCCUGUCUAACCUGACUGGCAAACUUGACCUCUCCCUCCUCCCGGAUAUAACAGUAAUAUCUUUUAUCGACGGGCUGGCUCAUACCCUUCUCUGCCCUCAUGGGCCAGACAUAUCCUCCACUUUGGUUCCAAAUGGACCUGUGUCGCGCAAAUUCUUAGCCCUCGAGUGUCUUUGCAAGCUCAGUGUGGCCGAAUCAAAUGCUGAUCAUUUUUUGGCUUGCUUGACACUACCCCGAUUGGAAUCCCUUUUACGUUACCUGAUAAGACUCCUAUUGCUGCCUAACCAACAUCAAAACACCGAAACUUCCGAUAUCGUUCUCAAGGAAGCUUCCCUUGUGUUACUCUCCAACCUAGGCCGGGCCGACCCGACCGGCUUGGUUUUCAACGCGAUAGGGCAUCAUCCACACAGUCUUUCUGCCGUAGUUAGGUUUAUGGAGGAAAUUGAAGCCAACGCCAGCCGGGUGAUUCAUACUCAAGGGUUCCCAGCCCUGCGGGACAACCCAGAACUCAUGGGAACAUCCCUUUCCAUGCUCCGCCGAAGUGCCAAUCUUCUUCUUAACGUAGCUCACAAAACCGAUGAUAAAGAACGAAUUUUCGCUAAGUUUCACAACCGAUUACUCAAUCUUGUCAUGUCCCAGAUCUUGGAUCAAAAUGUGGCCAAUAUACUAGCCCACGUGCUAUACCUAGUGUCAACCCCUCCGAAUUCCAUUAUUAGUUGUCUCAAUAUAGCAAGCUUAUAAUUAAAGCGGACGCGUUUUUAACCAUUCCCCUACCCCUAAUUCUUCCCACUUCCUCUUCCUAAAAUAUCUUAACUAUUUGAGUGCCGAUUGAAAAAUUAGAAUUAAUAACUAUUUGCCUUAAUAUAGUUUAUUAAUUAAAGCUUACCUGAGGCUUAGUUAAGUUCC